CACUUAGAUCUAAGUCACGCCUACCUUAUAAAAUGGCGUCAGAGGGAGAGGAGGGAAAAGGAGACUUGCCUCACAACAAGAUGGAGCUGCUAGAUAAAGGAAGCAUUGAAAUGUAUGAACCAAGCAGAGAAAGGACAGGAAAAUCUGAAAGGAGGUCUCAAUUGGAAAGACUGACUCCAGAUCUUCCUUUUCGUCAAGAAGGCUCAACUGGUGAUGACCGUGAUGACGAUAAUAGUCUGGAAGGAAGCAUGGCUGAUAUAAUAUUCACAUCGCCUGACGAUUUUUAUAAAAGAUUACAUGAUCUUGCUGAUACGGUUAACAGGGAGAUUGCAGAAAAACAAAACAACAGUGUUAAAGUCCCUAUCUCUACUUCUCUUCCAUCACCUAUUUCUAAUGAAUAUCUUGCUAAUGAAAGGGAAGCUGCUGAGAGAGAAGAAGACGAAAUGGCUGCAAAAAUAAAGAGAGCAAUAACUAAAAUGAAGCGAUUAGACAGCAGACUUGCCGAACUGGCUAAAAGGGAGAGAGAUGUAAAGAGACAGAGGCUUUCACUUGAAGGCAGUGAUGGAGGAACAAAUAAUAUUAAUAGUAAUGUCAUACCACCAUUGUUUGAAACACAGCCACAAGAAAAAGAUGAUUUAAGAGUGGAGUGCAUUGAGGUCGAGACUGAUACCCAUACCAUGGAACAGGAACCAGAGUCUGAGACUCAAACAACACCAGAUGGAAAGCAUCAGAAGCAACCAUUGCCAAGAUUCAUAUCCAGAAAUAAAGAGUUGGCUGGUCAGGCAUCUGAGGUUUUAGCUAUGACUGAAGAAGAGAAGAAACACUUGGAGAAACUACUGGAGGAGGAAGAAGAAGGAAGGGAGAGAGAAGGACUAGAGGAGGAGGAGGAGGAGGGAGAAGAGAAAGAGGAAGAAUUAGGAUAUACUUACUCAAUGAAAGACCUCAAAGCUCUUGAUGAAAUAGACAAUAAGUUAGGCAGUUUAGUACCAGCAAUGUCUUCAAAAGUAGAAGAGAAUGAUGAAUCUUUAUUGAAGAAGAUGUCUUAUGGGGAUAAGAUUUUGCUUGAGUUGCAUGAGACCAGGUCAGAGUUGAGCAGAUUAGCUGAGAUUGAGAAACAGUUAGAAAGUAUGAAAAACAAGGUGCAAGACAAAGAAACAGAAGAGGAAAUUAUUUCAUUAUCAGAUGAGCAAAUACAAUAUCUAGUCAAGCAAAGUUUAAUGGAACAAAAUACUUCCCUCUCUCUCACAGAAAAUGAUUAAUACAAUCAAACAAUAGGCAUUUAUCACUUAAUAAUAAAAAAUAAUUUUAUUUUUUUUGCAUAAAAAA